CGGAAGUGGUGUCAUUUUGCUCAUCCACUUCCUACCCUCCAAUACUGACACGCAUUCACCGGUUAACUCGGCUUAUUGUUUUUGUCGGCACCCCGCCCGUUCACGUCUGCAGCUGCUGGUGCUGUUUUAUGAUCGGUCGUUUGUUCGGUAACGUGUCUCAGAGGCUGCCGAGCUUGCUGUACCGGGUGUCGCUAAUGAUGAAGCCGCAGGUUGUGUUCGUGCUGGGCGGGCCUGGCGCCGGGAAAGGGACCCAAUGCUCCAAAAUUGUGGAGAGCUACAAUUAUACCCAUUUGUCAGCUGGGGACUUGCUGAGGGCAGAGCGGGCAAGAGAGGGGUCAGAGUUUGGACAGCUCAUUGGCAACUACAUCAAGGAGGGCAAAAUUGUCCCUGUGGAGAUCACCAUCAACUUACUCAAGAAGGCAAUGGAAGAGACAAUGCAGAAAGAUGAGAAAAAGUUCCGUUUCCUCAUAGACGGUUUCCCCCGCAACGAGGACAACCUUCAGGGGUGGAACAAUGUCAUGGAUGGCAAAGCAGAUGUCAAAUUUGUGCUUUUCUUUGACUGCGGCAACCAGGUUUGCAUCGACAGAUGUCUAGAAAGAGGGAAAAACAGUGGACGUACUGAUGACAACAGAGAAAGCUUGGAGAAAAGAAUCCAAACCUACCUGCAGUCCACACAGCCAAUCAUUAAACUGUAUGAGAAACAGGGAAAGGUGUUCACUGUAGACGCCUCUCGCUCUGUGGACAAGGUGUUUGCUGAUGUGAAAGCCAUUCUAGACAACGAGGGUUGAGUUUCUCCAGCUGCCAAUUGCAUUCAUUUACCUUUUUUUUUUUUUAAAUUUUAAGUUUUCUUUUUAUCAACUGCAAGUACACUAUAAUAAGUUUAUAUGUCCAUUCAGAUGACUUUUACUUUUGGUUGAUUUUUUUUGUUUUUCCAUUUCUUUUGUAAAGAUGUUGCACUGUUUGUGAAUGUGUGUACGAUAUGUAUUGGUAUGGAUGUGAAGUAGUGUUGCCUAGCAGCUACUUGUAAUCAAUCUGCCGUGCUCGGAAGAGCUCACAGCUCUUCUGCACUCUUUCAUCAUAGUUUGAGGCCUUUGCAUAGGAGCAAACUUUAUCGUGAGCUUAGAUAAGACACUUUUUAUGUCAAUGACACUUCUAGUAGUGGAAGUAUCAUUAAAGAAAAUAGUCUUCAUUCACAUAUCACUAAUGUCUUCAGAGUAUCAUGUGAUUGGAAGCAGCCUUAAUGCUUCAGACCAAAUAGUUUGACCUGAUGACGGCGGCUAGGAUUGAUUUAAGACUGAGUGAACAUCCACUGGCCUCCAAAUAAAAUGCAUAAAACAUC